UUUCACUAACCAUAGAACAAAAGGCAUUUUUCACUAAUAUUGUUAAUUACUGGACAUACUUGCAUGCAAUUGAAACAUAAAUAUCACGAUUGUGAUUUGUGAUGUUAAACGUUUUAACACGCUCCAAAAGGACCUCAACGUUAUAUAUAAAAAUGAUAAAAACUUUAGUACAAAUACAAAGGCGAAGACACGAGGUAGUGUCAAACGUAGUGUUAACGUUACAUUGCACAUCAAUUUUUUUAUUAUAUUAAUUUAUUUUAGUAUUAAAUCGAUUCGUACACACGAAUUUUUCAUGAUAAAGUUUCUGGCGGUGAAGUGGAAUUCGAGUACGUUGGAGUAUUCAAAUUAGUUUUUCAGUCGAAAGCAGUGAUACUGAAAUGCUAGGCGACGCCAUUUUCCGCGCCCGGAGAGGGGUAUCUAUUGCUCGGAAAUAAACACAAAACGGAUUUAUUAUUUUGCUAUCAAGUAUAUUAGUUCAUUGAUGUUGAUCUAUGAAGAUGGCCAUGAGAAAUAAUUUGAAUAAUACUUUCAAAUCUAGCAGUUAUAAACAAGUAAAACGGCCAAAUGGUAAAUACGGACAUAUGUCAUUACAUAGUAGGAUUAGUAAAUGUGAUAUUUGUGGAAAGAAUUUUCAUAGAAUGAAGUUGUUUGAUCAUAUCAAGGAAUUUCACCGUCAGUAUUUUUGUAUAAUUUGUAGAGCUAGAUUUAAAAUACAUAGUGACUUAAUAGAUCACAUACAAGAUAUUCAUCAAUUAGUAGCUUCAGAUAAUCUUAACAAAUCACAAGAUGCAUUUAGCGAAAGUGUAAAUAAAAGAUAUUUCGCACAGCCUCUAUAUUUGUCUCAACUUCCAAUUCCACCAACUUCAAUUUCUCAAUUUUCAAAUAGUAGUUCAGAAGAAGACGAGUUAUUUUUAGAUAAUCCUGAUGUAUUGGAUAUUGUUUUGGGUACUAAAAAUUAUGAGCAACGCAGAGAAGAUGAAGAAAUUAAUGAAAUUAUCAAUGAUAUUAUACACAAUGUUAUCUAUGAUGUUGAAGCUGAAGAACUCUUUGAAAGCACGUUGCAAGAUUUAAGUUGUUCUGAUAUAUCUGUUACUGAUGAUUCUGAUAACAAAACUGUAAGGAAAUUAGGUUCUUCAGAAGAUGAUAUUUAUCAUUCAAAUUAUUCCACAACUCAAUCAAGUUGUGACAAUGUUCUUCCUAAUGUAGAUAUUCUUGAAAAUAUUGAACCAUCGUUUGAUGAAAUUAAUGUUUUACAUAAAUCUUCACAAACAUUAUCUAAUGUUGAAGAAGAAUUUAAACUAGGGAUCAAAAGCAUGUCUACAGUUUUAUCAGAAAAAAGUCCUUGGGUAAAUGGAUCAGAAACACUUCAAAAUAUUAAAAAUGACAAUAAUCUGCCAGUUAUGGCUUUAACUCUAGAUCAUAAAUUGACUGAUAUGAAAUUAAAUGUUAUAUUAAAAGAAUGCAUUAGAACAUCAUGUUUGACAUGUGUAUAUUGUCACAAUUCUACUUGUAUUGCUGUGAAUGGUAAACAAUUAGCAUUACAUAUGAUUGAAAAACAUCGUUUUAUGACAGUAAAAAAUGAAUCGUCUGAUGAUUUUGUUAAUAUAUUGAAAUCUAAUUUGAAUUUAUUAGAUAAUCUUUAUUUAAAUUCAGAAAAUUUUGAUUCUACUGAUGAAUUAAUGCAUGUACCAUUUAAUAAUAUUUUUUAUUGUUUCAACUGUCAAUUUACAUCAAAACUGAUAAAAGAAGUUAACUCUCAUAAACGAAGUGUUCAUUCAAGAAAAACAUAUGACUGUAUGAUGUGUAAAAUAACUUUUUCAAAUUAUGGUGAACUCCAUUGUCAUUUAUGUCCAGGUGCUGACCUAGGAGUAUGGCAAAAUGUAUCAUUUAGAUGUUUAUUUUGUGGCCAAGGUCAAAUUCCAUCAGCAUUUCGAUGCAUGGUUCAUUUACGAAAAGCACACAAUGCAUGUGAUUAUUGUUUGGAAACAUUCCCUAAUCAACAAAGUUUAGCAUUACAUGUUAAUAAACAUAAAAUGAGACACAUGUGUUUAAAAUGUAAUAUAACUUAUCUUAGUAAAAAGGAUAUUUUUGAGCAUAUGUUUUGGAAACAUAAUAGGGAUAGUAAAGAAUGUAAAUUAUGUCUAACAAAAAAAUGGCCUUACACAUAUCAUUUUUGUGUUCCACCUGCAGUAUUUACCUGUGAUGAAUGUAAAAGGACAUUUUCCAGUGCAUUGUUAUUAAGAGUUCAUGAGCGAUGGCAUUCAGAUAAUAUUCCAUAUGAAUGCAAUACUUGUCAUAAUAAAUUUAUUUCAAAAAAAUUACUAAAGAAGCAUGAAAUAAUACAUAUGGAAUCUAUAUCUCCCACGAAAAAGAAAAAGAAGAAGAAGAAGAAAAAAGGAGAUGACUAUAAUCUUCCUCCAUUAAAUCUUUCAUCUGAUAGUGAAACUGAGAAAACACCUCGACAUAAACCAGAAAAAAGUUUUAAGUCACCAAGUCCAAGUGCUAAUUAUUGGGAUUAUGUAAGUAAACAAAAAAAAGAAUUAGUCCAUAUUGCAUUACUAGAUCAUGACUAUACCUUAUUAUCUUCUACUCCUCAACCUGAAAUUGUAAAAUCUCCUCAGUAUUUUGAUGAAUUAACAGCUGUUGUUAAUGGUAAUGAAAAUGUAUUAAAUAAUUCAUUUAACAAUUUAAUAUGCCAAAGAUCAUCUUGUUCAUCACAUUGUAACUCUUCAUCUUCAUCUAGUUCUUGUGGUUCAAAUUGUUCAUGUUCAGCAUCAUAUUCUUCUUCAUCUGAUUCUGAUGCAGAAGAAAAGAAAAAACCAAUAGUUGAAAGUCCAAAAAAACACAGGAAAAAGAAAAAAGAAAAAAAAGUCAAGAUUUUAAGUGCCAAAAAAGUAGCAAAUUUCAAUUUGUGUGCAUUAGAAUCGGACUUAGAAAGUGAAUUUUCAAAUACAGACAAUGAAGAUUACUAUGAUAUUAAUCCAGUACCUUUACAUCCCGAUGGGAAUACUCAAACAAUUCCACAAUUAAAUUUAGAAAAUCCAUUAUCUUCACCAAAAAUUAACCCAACAUUAUCUCAUUUAUCUACAUCUAAUGAUUAUAAUUUUAAAUUGUCUAAUUCAUUAAAUAAACUUCAUCAAAUUAAUGUAGAUGUUGAAUCUCAAAUAUUGGGAACUAAUAAUAUGGUGGGUCUAACUCAUGAUAAAUUUAAAGUAACUGAUAAUUAUGACUUAUAUAAUAAUGAUUAUUCAUCGUCUUCUAAUAAUUUAUCUUCAUUAUACGAUGGUUUAUUAUUACCUACUGCAAAUCAAGAAUGCAUUGAGAAUAAUUUAAAUAAAAUUUCAGUUAAAAUAUGCAAUGGUAAUAACAAUUUACAUAAUGUAAAAGAUGAAUUGAGUUCAACUAUAUAUCAUGAGCAAACUGUUGAUAGUAGUUAUUACACUCAGCCAAGUACAAAAAAACUUCUCAAUUCUUCAGCACUUAAUAAGCGACAAACAAAACGUAAAUCAAAACAAAAGACAGCAAUACAAGUUACUCAAUUGUCCAAAGAGUUUACAAAUACUCCUUCUCCUCUUACAGUAAAUUCUUCUUAUACAACUUGUAAAAUAAACUCUACAAAAACAAACAUAUUGUCAAAUGACACUCGACAGUCCAAACGACAACCCAAAAAAAGAAAAUUUUUUGGUUAUGACAGUAGUGAAGAAGAGCAACUAGCAAAUGGAGAUUCAUCUCUAACCCAAGAAUGUUCUCUUCAUGUUCCAUCUUCAAAGAAAAAAAAGCAAAAACGAAAAUCCAAAUUAAGUUCACCUAUUCUACUUCAACAUCCUAUUACUAAAUUAACACAGUCGCAACAGUCAAGACCUAUUGUUGAUGUUAGAUUAAGUAAAACUGUCGUGCCUCCUAUUGCAAAUGAUACUGACAGUGAUUCUGGAAAUUUAGUGAUUGAACUUCCUAAAUUUGUUGAACAGAAAGCUGUGCAGAGCACUGAAAGAUUAUAUUGUCACUGUAGAUGCCCAUAUGAUGAAGUAUCUGAAAUGAUUGCAUGUGAUAAUGCAAAUUGUAGGGUGGAAUGGUUUCAUUUUGAUUGUGUGGGUAUAACGGUCGCUCCUAAAGGUAAUUGGUACUGUCCAGAUUGUCGUUGAUUAUUAUUUUAAAGUACUAAUAAUUGUAUUUAUUAAACUCAAUAUACGUUGUCUUGUUUAUUAAA